AUGGUGCAGCGUCUUGUAUACCGUUCGCGUCACAGCUACGCCACCAAAUCUAACCAGCACAGGAUCCUCAAAACCCCAGGUGGUAAAUUGACAUUUCAGACCACUAAGAAGCGUGCAAGUGGACCUAAAUGCCCCGUUACCGGCAAGCGUAUUCAGGGUAUCCCCCACUUGAGGCCUGCUGAGUACAAGAGGUCUCGAUUAUCCAGAAACAGGAGGACCGUGAACCGUGCUUAUGGUGGUGUUUUGUCUGCUUUGGCUGUUAGGGAGAGAAUCGUCCGAGCUUUCCUUGUGGAGGAGCAAAAGAUUGUGAAGAAGGUUUUGAAGCUCCAAAAGGCUAAGGAAAAGGUUGCUCCCAAGAGCUAGAUAUUCUAUUUUCACUUUUUAUUAUUAUAAAAUGUUGUGGCUUUGUUUCUAGCAGUUACUGGUUGCAGAAUUUGAGAGAAACAUUAUGUAUUCUUCCCAGUUCUCAAGCUUUUUUUUUUGCAAGUCGUUUUGGUCUCGACUCUGUCUACAUUCGCAAAUCUUGUGUUAUUUACUUUCUCUUUUAAAUGAUUUUUCCACAU